UAUCCGUUAGUGUUUGUGCUUUCCGAAAUUAAUUUCUUGAUUCGUGGUCUGCUGUUUGCUCUGAACUUGUUCUGAAGUUGGCAACUUGGCAUCUAAUAUCUGUCUUCUUUCUACUGCACUAGUGAAAUUUAUCUUUCCACCGUUAUCACGCAUAUGAUCAUAUCUAAUGGCUGUGCUUCAUUGUAUACUGAUUUAUCCUUUUCCCCUACUAAUAAUUUUUAUUUUCUUUCAAAUCUCUGGUUAUUGCUCUUGGUAUUUCUGAUUUUGUUUUGAAGUUAUGUUGCUUCUGCUGCUGGACAGGUUACUUCUAAUUAGACUUUCCCUUUCCCAUUUACCAUGAAUAUAUCAUCUCCAUCUGCUGAACUGAAAUGUUGUCAUCGACCAACUUGACGAAUGGAUCAUCCCUGAGGGACUUUUACGUGGAUACUGUUUCGAGGCUUUAUGUGACCAUGUUCCCCUGCAAUGAGUGUGCCAAGAUAAUCAUUCAGUCAGGAGUCGCUGAAGUUGUAUAUUUUGUGGAAAAGAGGUUAAACAAUCCAGAUGUCUCCUACAUUGCUUCCCACAAACUACUAUCGUUGGCUGGUGUGAAAGUCAGGAAACGGAUCUUCAUGCUCGCGGUAACACCUUUUCGCCUCGCUUCUGUACGCAUCUGUUUUUUGGUUGUCUCUUGAAUCAUGAAUCACUUGUAGGUACAAUGUUUAUAUUCAAUUCUGCACUCUGCUCUGCUAGCAACCCAUUGUGAUCUUCUUGUGGAAGUGACUUUUCAUCUUCCGAUUUCAAUAUUUCUGCGGGAAGUUUGGAAUAUAUGAAAACAUGUAUCGAAACA